AUGGAGGUGAUGCAAAUGCUUCACAUGAACAAAGGUGUUGGCGAGACUAGUUAUGCUCAAAACUCCAAAGUUCAGCGCAAAAUAAUUUCCAUUGCAAAGCCAAUCAUUCAUGACGCCGUACAAGAAAUCUUGCGCUCAAAUAAUAUAGAGAGCAUGGGAAUAGCAGAUUUGGGCUGCUCAUCUGGACCCAACACCUUAUUGCUCAUCUCCGAGAUCAUAGAUGUCAUCAUACGCGCCAAAAGCUGCAGCCUCGGCCUCCACCUGUCAGCAACAACAGAGCUCAGAGUGUUCCUCAAUGACCUCUUCAGCAAUGACUUCAACACCAUUUUUAUGUCACUUCCUGCAUUCUACAACAAACUCAAACAAGAGAAGGGGCCUGAGCUUGGAUCUUUAUUCAUUUCUGCCACGCCUGGUUCGUUUUAUGGGCGGUUGUUUCCGGCCAGGAGUUUACAUUUUGUGCACGCUUCUUCUAGCCUUCACUGGCUGUCUCAGGUCCCUCCUGGCCUCGACAGCAAGGCAGCUGGCGAAGCUUUGAACAAAGGAAAGAUCUACAUAUCCAAGACCAGCCCACAAUGCGUUUUGGACGCAUAUAAGCUUCAGUUUCAUAACGAUUUUUCAUUGUUUCUCAAGUCCCGCGCUGAAGAAAUGGUUGGUGGAGGACGAAUGGUGUUGUCGCUCAUGGGCAGGCCAUCCUAUGACCCCACAACUCCAGCCAGUUGCUACCAGUGGGAGCUUUUAGCCCACGCAUUGAUGACCUUGGUUUCAGAGGGUCUUAUUGCAGAGGAAAAGGUUGAUUCCUUCAACGCUCCCUACUAUGCCCCAUGUGAAGAGGAAUUGAGCUUGGCGCUUAAAAAAGAAGGGUCAUUCUUAAUGGACAGCCUGGAGGCGUUUGAAAUUGAUUGGGAUGGCGAUGGGUAUCAAGAAUUGCAUCACACAUUUGACAUGGUAGGUAGUGGCCAGAAAGUGGCCAAGACAAUAUAA